UAAAACCUCUUCUAGAUAUCUAAAAUCUAAACCUAAACUCAAACACAAACAACAUACAUAGUCAUCGUGAAGAAGAGUGCUCUCUUGGAGUAUAUCAUCGUGAGGACUCCUACUGACGUCUCCCAGAAUAUGACUUCGGAGACGGUCUACACUGUGCAGAUGCCUCAGGAUGGCGGAGGUGGAGCCAGCAGCUCCAAGUCAACCAAAAAAUAGAAAACUAGCUACUGUAUUAAGUAUUAUGUUAUGUAAUAAACUAUGUCGUUUGACUCUCUUCGAUCGGAAGUGUGUUCUUGCCUUCAAGAUGAGGUGGAGCAUGAAGCGGCGUCUAGCAUCAACGCUUACCAAUCUUAUCGGGAUACAGAAGAGCAUUCGUUUGUUUUCAACCAGCCCUUAUUUGACACUUGGCACUAGGGUUAAGAAAAUUUUGCCGGCCGGCUGCAAAAUUGGAGAUGUUCUUUUGUUUGACCCGACCAAGGAAGAGAUAGUCACGGUCCCGGACAAAACAAUUCCCGAAGAGCUCAUGGAUGAAGAAAUGAUGGGAGCUUCCCAUGGAUGGGGAUUUUUCUGUGACCGGACUGAUCGUUCCGUACGUAUCAGCGACAUUUUCAAUCCUUUGGCAUCCAAAACAAACCCUGUCAUGAUUCCUCUGCCUAGGCUUACGGCUCUGCCCACUGGCCAAACCGAAAAAGUUUUUAACGUAGCCAUGUCCUCCUCUUCUCCUCUUGGUGAGGAAGACUGUGUAGUGGCUAUCAAGUUUUCGGGUAUCCAGCUGAGUCUGUGCAGACCCGGUUGUGACCUUGAGUGGACUAACAUUGUAACCCCUUUCAACUGUUUGGACACAACUCAAGUCUCAUAUGACUCCCCUGGGCUCCAUGAGUUGUUCUAUCGAGACCAUCCAGUGUUGGAUCAGUCCGAGUGGGAGCUUUUGAGUUCAUGUUCCAGGACGGAAUACCUUGUGGAGUCACCUUCUGGUGGUGACCGUUUCCUAGUCAAAUGGUAUGCGCUUGGCUUCUUUUCGUCAAAUUUAAAAGGAAUCUACCACAAAACAAAGGGGUUGAUGGUUUUUAGAGAAGAGGAGACGACGGAAGGAAAAAUUAUGUGUUACACCGAGGACAUUGGAGACAUGUGCAUUUUCCUUGCAAGCAACGAGGCUUUCUGUAUCCCGGCUAGCUCCUGCCUCGGCCUCAAGCCUAACUGCGUCUAUUAUAUGGGACGUGGCUUUGGUUUUUACGAUCUCACUACCGGAGAGGCACAUCAUUAUAAAGCUCCCAAAGGUGCACCAAGCGCUCUGACCGCCCCUUACUGGCUUCCUCCAUUUGCUAUCUAGUCAUACUAUUUCUGUCUUUGUGUACACUUGAAGUUUCUCUCUACCGGUUUAAAUUGGUAACACCUAAAGAUUGUUAAUGUUCUAAGUUCAAUUUUAAGUUAAAACAUCCCAGACCAGAAUCCCGUCUGAAAUGGAAUCUUGGACAUACCAUUCCUCUUGAGCUUAUCUCGAUUUAUCUUUGUUUUUUUUUUUAACUACAAAGAGUUUUCAUUUUCAUUUUUUUGCGCAGCUAUAUCUUUUUUGUUGGCGAUAUAAAGGGUCCUUUAAACU